UCCUUCAAGAUGAAAUUUGUAGUGUUCGCUCUCCUUGUCGCCGUGGCCUUUGCCGACCGGCUGUACGAGGCCCCUGCUCGGGAUGACUCCGACGAGGUCGCCAUCUUGAGGGAUGAGCGCGUGAUGGAGGACGACGGAAGGUACAGCUUCGACAUGGAGGCUGCCAAUGGAAUCGCCAUGUCGGAGUCUGGCGCUCCUUCAGGAGAAGAAGGAGCCGUCCACAGUGCCGGAUCUUUCUCGUACACUGCUCCUGACGGCAGUGACAUCCACCUCCAGUACGUAGCUAACGAGAAAGGCUUCCAGCCCGAGGGUGACCACCUGCCAGUGGCCCCCGAGUUCCCCCACCCGAUCCCUGACUUCGUCCUCAGGCAGAUCGAAAAGGCUGCCGAGGAAGACGCCCGCAGUGCCCGUGGAGAGGUUUCCCGCUCUUACGGUACUCCCGAUGACGAUUAAACUGUUGAGCUGCUACAAUAUUCGACUGUUUCCUGUGGUCACCGAUAUUCACGAUCCCCAACCUUGUCUUAGAUUAAGAUUGUACAUAUAGUUUAGUUCCUUAUUUAAUGUUAUAAAAUCAAAUUCGACA